AUGUCUUGGCAUUUUGAUAAAAAUAAAACAGAUGGAUUAUUUACGUUAGUAGGGAUGGGUAACGACAAAUUUGUUGUUCUCGCGGUAUUUAUUGCCGUUAAUAAUGCCGUUCCAAGUUCAACCAGCAUUCUUCAAAAACGACAAUGUCCUGAUGAUGAUCCAAAUUGUACUCCAUGCGUUGAGGAUGGUGUAACUAAAUGUCCGUGUGUUGAAGAUGAUGUAACUAAAUGUCCUCCUGAACCAGAAUGCGUUGAUGAUACAUGUCCAGAAACUCCUGAACCAAGUCCUUGA